CCCGCUCCCACUCGGCGUCCACAGUGACAGCAUCCUAUGUACAGCUGCAUCUAGCCCUAUAUAAUAUGCACGAUUUAGGUUGGAUCCACUCUUUCUUCCACCCAAUACAUUCAUUUCCCCUUUCCCGUCGUACAAGCUGCCUGACGUUCUCGAUGCGAAGUCAAAAGUAACUCAAAAUAUAAGCCAUUGGGUCUUUUGAAAUUAUGGUAGCCAUUUUGGAUCCUGAAGCCAGCUCCCUCUACCACUUCUCUCCACCGAAACUAAGACUUUCUCUCGCUAUUGGCCGGAAACGGAACAAGUGGUAUCUCAUCUUCGCCAAGUCAUAUCCUACUGCAGACUGUCGCGAAGUCGCUCGUCUGAAUGCAGCAGAGCUUCCUGUUCACGGACACCGGUUUUGGUUUGACCACAAAGCAACCACUGGAUGGGAACCGUCCGACAAAAACCUACUCGAAUAUCUCUCGUCACUUGGCGCGAAACAGCCUGAUAUUCUCAGCAUCGUAUCGAGCAAGGGUACCAAAAGCGAACCCAGUGAAGUCGUUGUGCUCAUACCGGAACAUAGGCUUGCUCGUUGGUGCGAACGAUGUCAUUCUUGGGAGAGCAUCGACGACCCAAUAGAGGCGAGGUAUAUCAUUUCAAGGAAGGAGCCCUUUCCAGCAUAUCUAUGUCCCCCGUGCUACGAAAGCGAAUGGUGCGGCUUUCGGACACUGAGGAAUUUAUUCAAUGCGGUGCUAUGA